GGGUCCGCGGCCAUGUGAUACAUUCGCUGAGCGCAGGAUAAAGCUGGGCCAUGUUGCCUUUAAUGGCCGGGAUAUGCUAGGCGGAGAAAUCAGCCCGUUUAUACCUUUACCUUGUUGAAUCAAUACGUGUUAAUUUUUCGUAAACAAAGCAAUAUUUAUACCUACACAAGCCGCGUCUUUGUAUAUGCUGUAAAUUUGUACUAAAAUGCCCAGACCGCCAACCAAGUGGAGCGAUUACUCCGCGUUUCGGGAUGUAGUUAGAGGCACACGAUUCAUCCCCUUCAAAACACCCUACAAAGAGAGAGUGCGCGGUGAAAACUUCAAUGUUGAGGUGCUCAUGCGAAAAAUGGGCAACCUAGGAUUCGUCCUUAACCUUGUCAAAACCGAUCGAUACUACAAUCCGGCAGCGUAUAAACGGAAUGAUAUCAAAACAUUUCACAUUAGGCUUGAAGGCCAUGGUCAAGUGCCAAGACCUCAGGAAAUGGAAAAAAUCUUCGCCACACUUAAGCAGUAUAUGAAUAUGGAAACGGAUGAAACCAAGUUAAUAGGUGUUCAUUGUACGCACGGCGUUAACCGAACAGGAUACGUGAUAUGCCGGUAUAUGAUCGAGAAACUGGGCAUGACGCCACAAGACGCGAUCAAUCGUUUCUGCACGGCCCGUGGCUACAGAUUCGAUCACCCCGAGUUAGAAGAAGAUUUGUUAAAAUAUAAGCCUUCGAUCGAUGAGGAGGCCCUUGCGUUCCACUCAAUUGGCGGCAAAAUUACUCCGAGAUUCACAAUGGACGGUAUCUACCUCGACGUAGACGAAGCAUUACGAAGAAGGGGUAUGAAACAGCAAGAGACAUCUGGAGCAGACAAUAACGUCGAAGAUAACGACAUACACCAUCCAACUGAUGAUAAGCAGAUCGAACGGCCUGAUAAUGAUCGCCAUAAAGAAAGACGCGACUUUGACAGAUAUGGUAACGGAGAGGAUCCGGAGUGGCUUGAAAAAUAUUUGGGGCCUCGAAGAUUACGUCAUUCCUAUCAUUCCGUAACGCACGGGCUAUGCGAUGACGAAAUUAGACGAUAUCUUGGUCCAGAGAGAAGAACCAUUCUUGAGGAGUAUUAAAUAAUUCUGUUUCUCAACAGCACAUACCAUGAUUCGUUAUUAUCGGGGCCUCUGAAAGUAUCUGAAGCUGUAAUUAAAGAUGUCUUCUAUUGUUAAUGUUUCUUCAUAAUCGAAGAAAGUCGAUCGAGGCAAACGCCUUCUUCAUGCCAUAUUUGUUUAGAAUAAUUAAUAGACCUUUUGAUAUGUUAUUACGGCUCAAUAAACUCUGAGCUAUCUUUUUGUUUGCAGCGCAAACAUAUAGGAUCCAGUGGCUUUAAAUAAAGCUUGUCAUUGAAAAGAAACCCCCAAUAGCAUUAGAAAUCGAUUACGCAUCCUACGACAUGUAAUCUCCUCGAUCACAAGCCUGUUGCAUAUAAUAAUAAAAUUAUCAAAAUGCAUAGCCACUAGUGGUAGUCUCAGCCCGAAUAUUUGUUUUUCAAAUGUCCAAACUUACUUCAGACUACAAAUAUCCAGCACAAAGGUAAGUGUAGGAAACACUACAGCUGAUACUUAGAGCCACCGAAUCCUUCGACCUAAACUAUUGUCUGACGCAAAUUGCAAUUGUUUUUUUUUCUAAAUAUAUAUACAUGUAUACAUGUCAGUAUUUCGGGCCGGUACUGGCAACUUUUUGACGAAUGAAGUUCGUAACUGAUUUAAUAUAGCACAUUAAAUAUUUAGUGGGUACAUAUGGAAUAUUAGCAAACGACAUUUCGAUUGUGAAGUAAAAUGAGUUUAUACUUUAAUAAAGUAAAGGCCACUCUAGUCUGCUCUCUGGAGUGUUCAGCAGGA